GGUCGUAUUGGCUUCCUUUACCAGCAUCUCACUCGAAAUUACUUUUGUAGCUAGCUAGAAGUAUGACGUCGUGGUGUUGUCGUCAAGGGCCAAGUGCUUCCUCUUCUCCAUCGCUCGCCUCGAAGAGGGCCAGUGGCAAUCUUGGUCUUGAUCCGAGAGCCUGAACGCCAGCCAGUCACAUUUAUAAAGGUCGCUGUAUGUAUUCGAAGUAUUAAUAAUCGAAUUGAAUUAAUUAGUAUGGUACCGGUACGACCUGAGAAUUCGACUAUUCGACAUUUCGCGCGAGCUGCGCGUGCGUUCAAAGCUUGACAGAGGGCACGCCACCAUUGCCAUCAUGGCCCACACAAAAGAAAAGCGGCAGCUACCACUCGACCAUCCAACCAAAAGGACGAAACUCAGACAGUAGUGCCAAGAUCAUAGUAGAGAUAAACAAUGAGACCCCGAAGAGGCCGCGUGGACGGCAUCAUGAUCUUCAACGGCAUGGUAGCAGUAGCCGUGGGCGCCAUAUCGGGACGAUAUAUUUUUAAACAACCGUUAGAAGAUUACUGGAAACAAAAGGCAGCCGAACAAGCAGCUUCAUCAUCUGCCAGCAGUAGUCAAACGCAACAAAAAUCAUCGCCUCCAUCCAAAACCUAACUAAAUAAAUCAUAGAAAGCGAUGUAGAAGUAAAUUAUUGUUUCUAGUAUUUUCCUUUUAUAUAA